GGUGCGAGGCCGCCGCUGUCCCGCGGCGCAGCGGCCAUGGCGACGGGCCGUGGCAGGUUAAGGACCUUUGCUGCCAGGCCUAGGGAAUGUUCUGAAACUGUAAAUGCUGGAAUUAAAAGUCUGUACUUGACACCUCCCGUAAAACCGAAACCAAGUGUGCGCAUUGAGAGCAUGCCAUCAGAAAUGCUGCUGAAGAUAUUUUCCUAUCUGGAUGCUGUGUCCCUGUUGGCUGUUGGCUGUGUGAAUAAGCGCUUCCAUGAGCUGGCCAAUGAUAAUGGAAUUUGGCUGAAACUCUAUUCCAGCUCUUUGCACCCAAAACGGACAAUUUGGAAAAUGAAGUCUAAACAAACAGAAACUGUUUCUUUGGGCUGUGCUGCUUUACACGAUAAAGGGCCUGGGUACUGGAAGAAAGAAUACAUCUUAAAAAAAACAUCUGCCUUCAAAACUAGAGUAAUGCGGCUCGUUAAAUUUCUAGAUCCUUAUACAGGUCUUCCAUGCAAAAACAAAGAAGCUAUGAAAGUCUCUGGGUUGAGUUGGAUAAUUGUCUUAAAGGACAAAAAUGGAAAAGAACAUGUAGUAGAGAAGCCAAACCUAUCAUUUAAGGACACAUCUCUUACUGUACUUUGGCAUGGUACAGACUGGCCAUGCUUAGACAUCCUAUCAACCCUGAAGCUAUUUGGAGUUACACCGUUGCUUCCUGACCAAAGCAUACCUCCCAACAACAAUGGACCUCGUCGAUUUUCCUUGAUUGCUGAAUACCAUCUUGCUAACCUGACUGAAAAUAGUGUAGUGGUUGGUGCUGAUGAGCUUGUCCAGCUCUUCAGUCUGAGUCCAGGACUGUUAGUAGGAAUGUGGAAGGGGAAAAAUGAAAUUGCUUUUGUUAUGGCGAAUCUUCAUUAUAAUCACCUUCUUGAGAGAAGCAUUUUGGGUUCUGCUACCGUUCAAUAUUCUCCUCCACCUAAUAGACCUUUACUGGAUGAUAUUGACUCAGAAUAUGGACUGCAUGACUACAGGCUGCAUCUUGAUCUGCAUGGCAGAAACUGCAUGUACCUGUGUGGAUCCUUCAAGUGCCUCUUCUGCAGAAAACGUGACAUUGAAAAUGGAUACGUGAGGCUCGUAGUUGUAAACUUAAAGGAUAACAGGAAGCACUUGCCUAUUAUUGGGACACUUGGCAUAUGCUGGGAAACAGAUGUAUUUAAAGGCAAUGUAAAGGACUGCUUUGUGAUGGAUCUGACUCUAUUGGAUGAAACUGGAAUGCCCUUCUGGUGUUUUAGUGAUCCGGUCCGCAUGGAAUUGUCUACCAAGUCAUCCGGCCUUUAUGACUACAUGGGUCAUGUCUAUACUGCAGACUAUGCAGAUUCAGAGGGUAAAGUCUGUGUUGAGUUUGUAUGGUUGGAAGAAACCAAGGAAUAUAUUAUAGUCAGUUUGGUGCUUUAUGUAAGCACCAAAAAGGUAAAUAGCUGGUAUGGAACAAACUACUGACCUAAUUAGGUCCCUAAUUUCCUUGUUUUGAGAACCAAACAAACAACCCUGCUACAACAAAAACCACAAUAAACUAGUGAUGUUUAAGAUUGACACCAACAAGCAAGACUGGUCCUGCAAGGUUUGCUGUAACAAAUGCAAUUGCCUAAAUUUUUUAAUAGGCAGUUGAGGAAUCAAAGAGACAUAUUGACAUAAGUGAGAGGUUUUCUUCUCUGUUGAACAUUACAUGGUUAGUCUUGUUUCUCACUGGCUAUAUUGAAAUUAUUUUCAGGAAGACUUCUUUAUAGACACUUGUUACUAUGGUUAAGGAAUUGCUUCUUUUGAGAGCCAUGCUGUGAAGAUGCCUUACCUUCCAUAAGCUACACUGGUUUUGAGAACAUUGACUUUUAUGCUUAGUAAUAAAACAGCAUGUGUGCUGUUCCCUCCAGGUUUGUUGGAGUGUAAUUGGUAAAUGAGAAGUUUUGUUAAACACAUUUUGUUAAACGCUUUUUCCAGAAAAACUUCACUGAAAUAUAUUUUAGUAAAAGAUUGAAAGGCUAGAUGGGAAGCCAGAUCUGAAAAUGUGUCAGUCAAGGCAUUUGUUAAGAAAGUUGUGUAAAAUCUGUUUAUGAUGUUUCUCUAAAUUCUUGUUUGUUCUGUUUUCCCAUGUUCUAACCUUGUCUGAUUGAGACUAGAUACUUGCCUUACAUACUGGCCUAUGAAUAAGUGUCCCAAUUAUCAGCCAACCUGAGCUGAUGUCAGCUCUUACGGAAUGUAUGGAACAUUCAGUUGUUUUGGAAACAAUGCAUAUCUGAUGCUGUUUAUCUAACAAUAUGAAUCCAUAUAAAAAUUGAAUAUAUGUGUCCAAUCUUUCCAGUUCCAUGGACUAACUUUAGAAUCAAAUUUUCUAUUUUCUGUAUUAAAAUAGUUUUUUCUAAAUUACAAGAUAUUGUGAGUCUAGUGUCAUUACCUAGCAAGGACAAUUACAUUGCUGCCUGCUCUGACUUUAUUAUGGUAGUGAUUUCCUUAAAAAUAAAUUCUCUCUUUAUUUAUUUAUAUACAUUAAUUGGUUUGUGCAGACAAUGUUCAUAUGUAAGCACUUGUCUUCUGUGCUACAGAGGUAGAUAGAUAUUACAGCCAUAAAGUUGUUUUUUAAUUUAAGUUUCAAAGACAACAAGCUGAGGCUGACACGGUUGUAGUUCACCUUGUUAACCUUACCUAAAGAAGCAGUGGAAAUGUUUCUGCAUUUUGUCAUUAGGCAGACUAACAAGAGUGAUCAGCUGCAUUUUGUCUUCUUUCUUACUGACUGCUGAUGGGGACAGGGAUCCCUUGAAGUGAUAUAAAGGUUUUAACAUGUGGACUGGGUGUGAUGAAUGCCAGAAUGACAGACGCUGAAAGUGAUCUGUGCAGACAAGUGGCCAGUCUAUAUUUUUGUUUUUCCCCAGAUUUAGUUUUUGAGUUACUAGUUUUAGAAAGGAAAUAGUGGCUCAAUCCCAAAGUUUUCUUAGUUGUUGGCCUUACUGCUAAGCUUGUAAACAAAAAUGUAGAGUUAUUCGGGAUACAUUGUUCCUUUGAAAUGUGCAAGUAUGUUCUCUUCCCUGCUGUGAAGGCACCAGGGACAAUGGGCACCCAGCAGCCAUCAAAUGUUGAAAGGUCUGUCACUGUUCA